AUGCCUUCGGUCCUGGCAAAACUUCGGGAGACCGGACGCGUGCUUGUGUGCCAGUCAGAGAAAGGUCACUAUAGCCACAUAUGCUUCUCCCGAUGGCAGCAAAUAGCAAUCUUACCGAAUUCAUCCGCCACAAACUGCUACACCUCACGUGAGGGCCUUCCAUAUUUCAGAAGGGCCUUGCGGUUGCCCAACUCGUCUUCGGUUAGCCGUCGAUUAACUGGAAGCCGGUCGUACAGAAACUUUGAUAACUUGCGGUUGUGUUCAAGAAAAUAA